AUGGAUUUCACAGCAAAUCUGAUCGAUUUGAUUAGAGAUCCAUUGUCGACGAUAUUGAUCGACUGUCGUGCGAUCACUCAUCUGAUUUCACAGGAGGAAUCGUUUCAGAUGGAGUUUGACAAGGUGCAGAAGGAUGCUGAGAUUCUACUGAUCGUGUUCAAUCAGUACCUUCAGCGACACAUCUUUGCAGAUGGCCAAGUCAGAGCGCAGAACCAAGAGGAAGCAGCUACCAAACAAUUCUUUUUCGAAACACUCAUACAGCACACUCAACAAUUCAGAUCGAAUUUGAUAAGCCUGAUGCAAACCGUUCAGUCGGUUGGCAGACUAGAGAUGUUCCGUGACGCCGACCAACAACAACAGCAACAGCAGAGACAGGAACCCGAUGGUGCAGAUACCAACCCCGCUCCUACCGCUUCAAGAAAUACAAAUCGAUCGUUGUAUGCACUUUUAAAGUAUAAGUUGCAAGAGAAUUUGUUGUCAGUGUUGGAGGCAACUCGUGGCCUGAUGAAGGCAUGUAGCGCCAGUCCCGCGCCAAUGUCCAAUGCCAACACCUACUGCAACAACUCUGAUUCAUUUUCAAUCUCUAUCACCACAGAAUAUCUUCAGUCGAUCUCCACUACUUUUCUCAAACAGAUGGCUGGUGUUGCCGAGUGUUGUUCGCUGCCUGACGUGUCCAAGAGCGACUUCCAGCUGCUUGUAACCAGCUACGAGUUGGCAGCGGACCAAUUCAUACAGCUAUUGAAAGAUCACAGUAAAUUUGACAUUUCAGAGAGGAUUACAACUAUUUCCACCAAUAUUGAGAAUCUAAAGAAUCUGUCGAAUGAUAUUCAUCAAUGGGUAUUAGAGGCAAAGCCAUUGGAUGCCACCAGACUGCAGCACAAUUAUCAACAGGAACAAUGUGUACUGGCACUGAUCGAACAUGUAAAAGCAGUUAUUCCUUUGAUCAAUCAAUCGAUUAACAAACAGGCAUCGGCUAACCCAUUACCAACAAGCAUUGAAUUGAUCGAUUUAGUAAAGUUGGAACAACAACUAUUUGAUCUCAUUGAAGAGGAAGAAGAAGAAGAAGAAGAAGACGAAUCUGACAGUGAAUCAGAGAAUGAAGUGGAAGAACAACAGAUGAAUAAGUUAACAAUACAACUAUCAGAUUCUCAAAUUAUCAAUAGCGGUGAUAGUAACAACCAAGAAGAGAAUAUUGCAUCUACAACCACCACUUCUUCCUCGACAACCAAUGAAGAAUCAUCAUCAUCAUCUACUUCAACUAGAAGAUAUGGAUAUGACUUACCAACUAUUAGUCUUACAGAGAAUUCCGAUGACGAAGAUGAAGAGCCAAUGAUUUGGAGUUUACCAAUCUCAUCGAUUAGCUCUGAUCCAUUCAAGAGAAAUGAGGUAGACAAUGGCAAUGGUGCCAAUCAGGUGGAUUCAGAUCGUCGUUCAAACUCUGCAUCCGCUGCCAAUCCAUCGAUCAAGGUUUACAGUAGUAAGGAUUUCAAUAUCAAAGCUAUUCAAGCAAGAUCAUCGUCACUCUCAUCGUCACAGGCAAAGAGCAGCAGCGGCAUAGGCAACGGACAGCAACCAAACGGUCCCAGCGACAGAAAACUUAAGGGUUGGACACUGAAGAAUCCAUUCCGUAGAUCGAAAUCACGUGAGAAUCUACAUGAUCAACAGCAAUCAUCACAAACACCAAAUCCAAGUAAAUCAACAGAUAGAAAGAUAAUCCUACCAAAAUCAACAAAGCAAUCGUCUCAACAACCAUUAACUCAAUCUUUAUCACAACAAAACCUACAACAACCACAACAACAACAGCCACAACAACCAAUCUCACCACUUACAAGUUCAACCAUUAUUUCACAACCUACAUCUGUCAAUUCAUCGCCUGGUUUCAGCUCAACCAAGUGGAUUGCUUCAUUGCCUUCGUCACGCUCAAUGAGUAACUUGCUGAUGCACUCUGAGCGACGACCAAGCACAAUCGAUCCAAACUCCAAUGAAUCAUCGCCACGCGGACAUGGUGAUGAUGACAACUGUAUAGACAACAAUAAUCUCGGUGGUGAAGUGGUCAUCAUCGAAUCGGAUGACGGUGCCAGUACCUACACCGAUCAGCUCAACGAUGAAUCGCUCAAUGAUGACAUUGAAUCAUUUGAUCACGACUAUUUCGACACACCACUCGGUAUCAGAGGAUCCACUCAAGAGCCAACAGUAGAACUUUUCCAAGCUGCCAAAGACUUCCAAAUCGAAGAGAUUGGUGUUAGAUCGAAACGUUACAGCAAUCCAAUUCUCAUAAGAUUAGAUCAUAAUGAAAGACAUAUUGAACAUUAUAAAACAUUUUUCUAUUCAAAAGAACAAUAUAAUUUCAUCAAUUAUGUACCAUCUUUAGGUGGACAUAUUAUUAUUUCAGUUGUAAAACAACAGGAACCAGGUAAAAAUAAACAACAUAGAGCACUUAUUAGAACCAGAAACGGUGUCGAAAAGAUACUCAUUGUUAGUCGCACACCAAAGGAGAAAGAUAUCAUCAAGUCGAUUCAAAACUAUCUCAAACCAAUUGCCAACAUCUCAAAGUCAUCGUUUAAAUCGAUUAAAACUGAUAAAAUAAUAUCACAUCUAUUAGAUUUCGAAAAGAUUGAUAUUACAAAGAGAUAUCAUUUCUUUGUUAUGUUUUGUGGUGAUGGUCAAAUUACAGAGAGAGAGAUGCUCUCCAAUCAAAAGGUUAGUCGUGAGUUCGUGGAGUUUUAUAGGUUUUUAGGAAAGAAAGUUCCAACUAAAGAUUGGAGUAGCUACAACGGUGGUUUGGAUACACGCAACAAUACCGACGGUGAGUACACAAUCUACACAGAACUCCAGGGAAUAGAAAUCGUAUUCCACAUUUCACAUCUUAUCCCCGUAGAGCGACGUAAAGAGAUACUCUCCAGAAAUACCUCUGUUAUAAUCUAUCACGAAGGCAAAUCAACAUUGAAUCCAUCGACAUUUUCAUCAUCUAAAAACACAUUUACUAAUCAAACAUAUCAUUACCACUUAGAAAUACUCUUUGAGAUUAAAAAGGUGAGGGUUGAUGAUGGAUCAUCUGUUUUCUAUAAGAUGGGUGUUGCAUCGAACACUCAGAUACCACCAUUUGGUCCAAUGAUAUCGGAUCCACCCAUCUACCAAAAAAUAGCUUCUUUUAAACAAUAUUUAAUUACUAAAUUGAUCAAUGCAGAAAACGCUGUAUAUUCUACUCAACAUCUAAUGCAAGAGCUCUCCAAACAGAGAUCCAUUAAACUAGAUGAUAUUGUCACCGCUGUAUUAUAA